CCCUGUCCUGGAUAGGGAUGGCAAUGGGUGGGGUGGGUCGGGUUUUGCCAAACCCAAACCCAAAUCCAUGGGUUUAUCCGUGAAAAAAACCCGGGGGUAAAACCCAUUGGGUUUGAAAAACUCAAACCCAACCCAACCCGCUGGGUAUCCGCGGGUUCAUGGGUACCCACGGGUUUUUGUCGUAAAAAAUUUACAAUAACAUGUUUCUAUCAAAAUUAAAGUCAAAUAUCAAUCUCUCAAUACAAAUUAUCCAUAUUUAAAACACUAUUCUAGAAAAUUCAAGCAAAUCACAAAUUAACUAUACAAAUUGUUCAACGCAAUCUAGAAAACUCAAGAAAAUUGAAGUAAAUCAUAAAUUAUCCAUAAAUAACAUAUUAAUUGAAGGCUUCUUCCUUUCAAUUAAGUUUCUUCACUCUCCACUCGAUAACACAAACUUCAUUCUACACAAUUCGAAAGAAAAAAUUAGACAUGUCUCCACAAACAUAAAUAAGAUUAGUUGUUUAAAAUAUUAAAUAUACCGAGAAAAUUAAUUAUAUGUGUGGGCGGGUACCCACGGGUCGGGUUUACCUAAACCCAAACCCAACCCAACCCGGUGAAUAGUGAACGGGUUUAAACCCAAACCCAACCCAAAACCCGUCAAUACGAAUUUUACCCGCGUUGACCGGGUUGGGUCGGGUGGGUACCCGUGGGUUCGGGUUUGGUUGCCAUCCCUAGUCCUGGAGAAGGGCAAAAUGCCCUCCCUCCGCCUAUGUAUAUGAUGACUGUAUACUGUAUAGUAUAUGUAAGUAGCACACCCACACAAUGAAAUAGACCUAUAGCAAUCCCUCAUGGAUUAAUUCCCUGGCAAUGGGUUAGAGAAAGCAAUACUGAUCCACCUAUAGGACGUAAUUAAUCAUCUCGUUUGUUUUUGUGCCAUCAUUCUUUUUUAUCAUCUCCCAAUCCCAUCCCCAUGGAUCCUGCCCUUGCAUUCUGUGGAGUGGUCUUUCAACAUAGCCAUAGGGACUAAAAUGACUCAUGGGCCGUGACAAAAUCAUGCUGUCGACCUAGCUUGUGCAUAUGCUUCGCCCUUUCACUUUCACAUUCACUCACUCACUCGCUCACUUUUGCAGCAUGCAAUCCGCUCACCUGACCUCAACCAAAAGCUUCUGUUUUUGUUGGUUCCACAGACAAAGAGGGUUAAAAGUAAGUAAAAAAAACAAAGAGAGGAAAAGCAACCAUAUCAUACCCUUACUCUGUAUUUUCACACACAUUCUGAUUCUGUGCAAUGGGGAAAGAAACGAGCUUUAAUUAAUUAAGCGACCCUUUCCCAGUACAGCAGAGUUAAUUAUUUGGUGGCUGGCUAGGAGGAAAAAGAAUACAGUACCUACCAUGUCAGACUUCUUUUUUUCUUCUUUUCUUUCAAAAGCAGUAAUCAUCUUGAUAUGCAUAUGAAGAUUUUAAGUUAACUAAUUAGUUGACUAAUACUCCCAAAAGCACAGCUCUUUUAAUUAAUUAAGCUAUACACUAUGAAGAUGCUUUUCCCAUAUGCAAGAGGACUGAAGAAAAGUCAGGAUAUAGCAGGUUCAAAGGAGUCUCUAAUCAUGAUUGUCUCUUCCUUCCUGCUCUCUGGGUUAUAGUUAUACACACUGAUUCUGACCCCCAGAGAUUCUUUCUUGAUUAGUUUCUUUAAUACAACAAUAAUUAAGAGAGCGGCCAGCUGUCCAAUUACUGGACUUUUCCCUAUGUUGCUUCUAAACAAAGGAAUGACUUGCAGUAAAUCUUGGAGGAGGCUUUGGAGUUUUGCUCUGACGUCUUCCCCGUCGGCCAACUUUCCAAAUUUCGUUGACAUGUUGCUAACCCCAUAUCUAUUUGGCUUCUCUCUAUUGGCAUUAUGUAAAAUUAUAAAUACAAUUCGAGAGGGUACGUAAUUAAAACCAGGUGGAUUUUAAUACAAUAUAUAUUUUUAUUAUGUUCGGUGGAGAGUUAAGGUUAAAGUCAAGAGGAGUGCGUAUAGUAUAGUCCAUCCUCAAAUUUGAAAUAUAGGUAAAAUUACAUUUAAAAAUUCGUUUUUUUUAAGAAAUAGAGUGGUCGAUAAUGCUUUAGGUUCAUCUUUCGAACAUCACAUUUCAGGUCAGCUCCUAAUUCAAAUUUCUAACUCUGCCGCUGAUUAUGUCUUCGUAUUAUCGGCAUGGUGGGUCACAUGUGUCUAGAAGAGAGCAUCCAGAUGAAAAAAAAGUCAAACAAGUCUUCGGAACAUGCAGUAAAAAAACAUUGAUCGUCGGAGGACUUGGGACUUGAGAUAAUAGCAUCCUCGAACCAAAAACGACAGCACGUUGGGUUAGGUAGCGCCACCCCCUUUCUUUUCUUUUGUUUCUCAAACACUAGGCCUUGGUAUUGGCGUGGGUCUCUUUUCCCCCGAGGUCAUGUUCACGGGCCUCUUCUGCCCCCCAUCAAACUCCUGGACUGGGCUCUGGUGCUGGAAUGGGCUUUUACUCGCAGACCAGCCCUAAAUCUAAGUCUUGACCCAUUCAACUGCCCAUCUCUCCGUCUGAAUUAUAAUCACAGGUUUUUCUCGUCAGAGACAACAGUAUAUCCACGUGUCAGUCUUACGUACGGCCACGUAAACACCAGCAAUAACGGAGUUCACCUACUCUCCACCACACACAAUAACCGCUCCCCCUCAUCUCACUCACUCCCCUGCUCUUUGUCGUCACUUUCCUCUAAUCAUAUAUCAUAUGCGCUCCAAUUCCAAAGAGCAUCUCCAUUUCCAAUUUUCCAUCUCUCCGCCCCCUAAUCAAACAAACGAUCUGUCUCUCUCUAUCUCCGAUCCAACGCCGAUCGCCGGGGAGGAAUCAUGCAGUACAAGAAUCUGGGCCGAUCGGGGCUGAAGGUCAGCCAGCUGUCGUUCGGCGCGUGGGUCACCUUCGGUAACCAGCUCGAUGUCAAGGAGGCGAAAUCGCUCCUCCAGUGCUGCAGGGAUAGCGGGGUUAACUUCUUCGACAACGCUGAGGUCUACGCCAAUGGCCGGGCAGAGGAGAUCAUGGGCCAGGCGAUCCGCGAGCUGGGUUGGAAGCGCUCCGAUAUCGUCGUCUCCACCAAGAUCUUUUGGGGCGGUCAGGGUCCUAAUGACAAGGGGCUCUCCCGGAAGCAUAUCGUGGAGGGAACCAAGGCUUCGCUGAAGCGGCUCGAUAUGGAUUACGUUGAUGUCAUUUACUGUCACAGGCCAGACAUAUCAACACCGAUUGAGGAAACUGUGAGGGCGAUGAAUUACGUCAUUGACAAGGGCUGGGCUUUCUACUGGGGCACCAGCGAGUGGUCAGCACAGCAGAUCACUGAGGCCUGGGGGAUUGCUGAGAAGCUGGAUUUGGUUGGACCCAUUGUGGAACAGCCAGAGUAUAAUAUGCUAUCGAGGCACAAGGUUGAGUCGGAGUACCUCCCUCUGUACACCAACUAUGGCGUGGGUCUUACCACUUGGAGUCCACUUGCUUCCGGAGUACUUACUGGCAAGUACAGCAAAGGAAAUAUACCUCCGGACAGCCGUUUCGCUUUGGAGAAUUACAAAAACCUUGCCAGCCGAUCCCUGGUUGAUGAUGUGCUGAAGAAGGUCAAUGGGCUUAAGCCAAUUGCUGAUGAACUAGGUGUGCCUAUGGCUCAACUUGCGAUAGCGUGGUGUGCUAACAAUCCAAAUGUUUCAUCAGUAAUUACAGGUGCCACAAAAGAGUCCCAGAUUCAAGAGAACAUGAAGGCCAUCGAUGUCAUCCCACUACUGACACCCGCAGUGAUGGAGAAGAUUGAAGCUGUUCUUCAAACCAAGCCGAAACGUCCCGAUUCAUACCGGUAAUGAAAGGGUUCAUACGCAUGGUCUCUCCCCAUUUCCUUGGCAGGGACAUGUCUGGUGAAGUUUCGUGUGUCGUCAUUGAUCUUGUAGCUAGAUGACAUUGUGCUUGUGGUGCCGUAGCUAUUUCUACAUUCAGUAGUUUCCCCAUGGUCUGAAAACUCUCAGGAAAGGGAUUCGAGCUUAAGCUGUUUAUCAUGAACUUGUCAAAUGGAUGGAUUUCCAGUGGAUUUUUAUGUAUUCUAAGAUUGUGGACUUCCUGUGUGUGGCUUUCGUUAGUAACUCUACUAUAUUAAUUCCAUUUGCUGUGUGAUAGCCAGUGCGGUGGAGAGAAAACAUACAGGCUCAGAGUUCAAGCGCAUUUUGCUCUUACCAAAUGAGGAAUUUGGUUACAACAGGUUCUUAGAGAACGAAAAUCAUAUAUAAUUUUUCAUGGUAAAUCUCUCAAUCGUGGAUCAUAUAUUCAUAAUCAGGAAUUUGUGAAUAUGGUUUAGCUGGAGUUUCCAUCAAUCUCCAGCCAAACCCAUAUAUACAAGGUAUAUGGGUUUACCUCGAGGUUGAUGACAACUCGAGUUUCCAUUAACCUCUAGUAAAACCCAUAUUCAUUACCCAUCAUUGUUGUUCGGACUAGUCUAUUGGCUAUGAUGUCAACAAUGCUUUUCUCCAAGACAAGCUCUUCAAGGAGGUGUUUAUGACCAAAUACCAGACUGAAAUGACUCGACCUUCAGCUUGUCACCAACUUUUCGUGGGUAAAGAUGAUUUACAGAGUUACAUCUCAUCUCAACUUAGGUGCUCCACCUGGGGUGGAAUUUAUCAAGAGCAACAGAAGAGAUUGAACCAUAGCUUUUGCAAUCUCAUUCCAAUGAAAUCAUGGACAUUGAUGGUUAAAUAUUGAAGAAAGAAAAGAUACAAAAGAUGGAUCCAAGGGGUGCUACUAUCUUGUGGUAUAUAUAAAUAAACUCAACUAGUACUGUGACCGGCCCGUUGGCCGGUUGAUGGCUUUUCUGGUGAAUUCAGUAGGUCUAUUUUCUAUUUAAGGAUUAGUAGGAGCCAGGAGGUAAGUCUUAAGUGGAUUUUGAUUGGCCAUGGAGACAACGCCUCUUCCAUCUCUCCCACUUCUUGUUCAUCUUUCCUUCCACUUUUGUUAUGUGCAUCGUGGUGUGGCAAUUGCUCUUCUCUCGUUGACUUGUAAAGAUGUGCAACGGGUUAGUCCGUAUCGGACUGAACCGGAGAGAAAUGAUGUUUGUACCCGAUCAUACCGAAUGAAUAUAACAUGGUCUGGUUAUUGGUCCAAUGAAUUUUUUAAAAAUGGUUAAAACCUGAAGAAAAAUUGACUGAAGUAUGUUUGUACCCUAUCAUACCGAAUGAAUAUAACAUGGUCCGGUUCUUGGUCCAUUGAAUUUUAUAAGUAAUUAAAUACGGAAGAAAAAUUGACUAAAGUUAUAUUUGGAUUGGACCAAAUCGGACUAAAACGUACCAAAUUCAAUGUUGUUACAAUCCUUGGUCCUAACAUGUUUGUUACUAUUUGACAGCGGGUCUAUGAGUUUGAUUUGGUCCGGAGUGAACCAAACCGUUGCACAACCCUAUUGACUUGAGAUGAAAUCCAAACUUAUAAAUUGGUUAGAUGUGGAUACCCAUUAAAAACACAAAUCCAACCAUAAAAGCUGGUCUUUACGCUACAUAUUACUUCGUAUGAUCUUUUAGGCCCAGUCAUCAUUUUGCUACCAUGUCUAAACGCUCAACAAACAAUAUUGAGAAUUCCUACCAUACAUUGAAGUAAGGUGAUUGUAUAUUUCAUUGCAUAAAAUACAAUAUUUAUUAACCG